AUGAUGAACGAGCGUCCAGGAACCAUUCCUGCCGCUGCGCAAUCCCACCCACGCCGCCCACCAGCCUACAAGUCCGUCUCCCUCCGCCACAGCCCGCCCGCCUCGUCCAAGCGGAAAGCCAGAGCCUCGACCACGACACAGAGCUCGCCAAACCUCGCCAGCGACAAGGCCAAUCCCCCGUCGAGCGUCUCGCCACAGCUGCUCUCCAACAAGACCAGUUCCGGCGAGAGCAGCGACGCCGGCCAGUGGUUCGAGAAGACCAACAACACGGCCAGCCACGGCAAAUCGUCGUUUGUCGACAAUGAACCGCCCUUCUUCCUCCAGAACUCGUCCUCGUCAGAGACACCGCCCGAAAACUCGCAGUAUGCCCACGCACAUCCCGCCAUCCCAUACCGCCCUGGACUUGGCCAAAUGGGCACCGACGGCAGCAGCACCGAGGACUUCCGAAGCGUCAUCGACGACCUGACCGUUGCCAACAAGAAGCUCAAGCAGAAACUGCGCAAGUACGAGAAGCUCUACGAUGACCACCUGCAAGAAGAGAAGCUGUUCGAGGUGAGGUUCCACGGUCUGCCAGACCACAAGAAGAAGGAACUCGAGGAGACUCUACGCAAGUUCGCUUCCGAGCUCGAUGAAGGCACCGCCAACGAGUACGCCGACAUCUCUGCCUACACCCCGGCCCUCCAAACACACAACACGGCUUCUUCGACUUCCCGCUUCGCCGAGUCGGGCUAUGCCUCCCUCUCCGCCUCUGGCCACAACUCAUCCGCAACCAACCAAGACUCGGACCGCCGCAAGAUGACCAAGUCCGCAUACAGCCGCCAACAGCAAACUAUCCAGUCGUACCUUCACGACAUCCCCAUGGGCCUGCUACCAAACACCAAGAGCGUUCCAAUGACAGACAAGUCCAAGAAGAAGAUGGUCGUACGUCGUCUGGAGCAAAUCUUCGCUGGCAAGCGAUCCGCAGCCGGCUCUCACCCCCAGCAGAUGCAGCAGCAGGAGGUAGCUCAGUCGGCAGCUACUGCGGACCGUGAGCAGCGCGAAGCAACUGGACAAAACUUCAAGCCCGAGGGCCAGCGCGAAGCACGUAUCAGGAACGACAAAGGUGCCGUUGCUGCUGCCGAGGACAACGAUACGCCCCAGGACGAAGUUAUCCACGGAUUCCGCCCCAGUCUACAUAUCGAGGAACACGACUUUGCCGGCUCCGGCUCCUCCCCUGAUCAACGACCUACGCGACCGCUUGACUUGGACCCUUACCGUGCUCAGGUGCCUGCCGAGAACAUGAACUACAUCCGCCAUCUUGGAUUCUCCCCACCAGACAUGAACUCCGGAGAUGCACCUCUCGGCCAUGGGUGGAUAUACCUCAACCUGCUCAUCAACAUGGCGCAACUGCACACGCUCAACGUCACCCCCGAGUUUGUCAAGGAUGCCUUGCACGAGUACAGCAGCCAUCUCGAAAUGUCUCGCGAUGGACGCAAGAUUCGAUGGAAGGGCGGUCUCGACGUCACCAAGCACAGCAGUGGCAGCUCGUCCGAGCAUUGGAGCGGUGCCUCACCAAACGACACAGGCUCCCUCUCGCCGUUCAAGCGAAUGAAGACGGGCACCAGCGGCACCAGCAGCGAUAUGCUCGACGAAUCCGAAAAAGCAAAAAGACAGGCUCGGCUGCAGCGCGAGAAGGAGCAAAACAAGUUCGCCUACAAGCCUCUCUUCUUCCACAAGGACGAAUCGGAGAACGAGGACGACUAUUACGCUUUCGACGCGGAAUCUUCAGCCAAUUAUUCUUAUCAGCCACAUCCUGCUGGAAACUCUUCUGGCCUUAGUAGUUCGAUUAUGCAGAGCUCGAGUUCAAAGCCGAGGAGACGCGACGACGGACCCAUGAUCUUCUACACCAAGGCCAAAUUUUGCACGGAUCUGAGUGGAGACCGUAACGGUGCUUUCCUCACUAUGCCUGGUAACUACCAACCCAUCACAACCCAGCCUCUUGGCGCCAAACAGACCACGUCCCCACAGACCAAGACAUCCAUGGAUCUAUCCGAGCCCCGAGGCCCUCUGGACGCUACACCCAUGGACGUUGACUCCGUGGCUGGUUCACGCACCGUUUCAAGCGGCGACGACCUAGGCUUUUCGCCUGAGGCUUUUCGGGACGACAGCGGGAACACUUCCCCUGAACUCAUGGAUUUCGAAGCCUCUGGUCUGGGCGGCGUACAACCAGAAGAUAAUUUCUCUAUCCAUGUGAGAAGAUCACAAGUUCCUACCGCGCCAUCGCAUGGCGCUUCAAGGAGGAUGUCACACUUGUACCCCAAAGCCAUCCAGGACGCACUCAACUCCCGCCUACAAUCUGAAUCUCCCGAAGUCGAAUCCCCGCGAUCGAGCCCGCACAGGGUGAUUGAAGAGAAGAUUCUUUCGGCAUCUCGCAAAAACCUGCCCUCGUCCACGCUCCCACCUGCAUCAUUCCUGCCCCUCGAUUCCUGCUCCUCCGGCGACGUAGACAGCGAUUUUGCAUCCGAUGCGUCUUCGGAGCCCGACAGCGACAGCGAUUCUGGGGGGCCUGCGACGGCUAUGCAGAUUUUGAACAUUGCGCCUAUUGCUUCUGAUGUAUCAGAGGGCAGCGAAUCAGACUACGAAGACAGUGAUGAUGGGUCCGUUGACUUGUUGGCGACGGCGAGAAAGCAGGAUCCUACUGCUGUCAGGGCGAGCGAGAGAGAGUACGACGCUGCACUUGCGGAUCGCCUUGCUGAGGAUAUUCAGGCGGGCAGUAGUGCGGCGACGGCGGGUGGUGGAAGUGGAUUCAACUCUCCUGUGACGGGCGUCCGCGAGGCGGCUAGACUUGCAAAGAAGGCGAGUAUGGCGGGUAGUAGGGCGGCGGGCCAGAGCAGCAUGGGGGGGGGUGGAACGGGGGGACAAGGACAAUAUCACAAUAAUCCCCAGGGCAAUUUGAAGAGGGCGAGGACGAGCGAUGGGUUUAAUAAUCAGCAGCCGCCUAAGAAGAGUCCCAAGACGAGGAGGAUGGGGGAGUGA